CAGACAAUUACAAUGAGGAGCAAAGUUUUCUUUCAGGUUUUAUUUUUAAAUGAAAAUCUUAGAGUCCCUGCGGACUGCCAGACGCCUUGGGCUGCCGUGGGGGUGGGGAUGACGCGGAGGAAUUUACCAGGAAAGAAAAAUAUUAGGGAGGAGGGGGCUGAGGCAGCCCGGACAGGCCACGUCGGAGUUCAUUGUGUCGGCCACUUCCCUCUCCCGGGCGCGGCGCGGUGCACCCGCGGAGGAAGGGACUCAGGAUGGUAUACAGUAGCUUGGCUGUCUCUCUUAGCGUAGAAAAUAACAUUUGGGGGGCACCGCCGCUGCCCGGAAUAGGACUCCGUCAGGGUGUUUGGAAGGAGGAAUUUUUUGAACUACUGGUGAGAAUGAAGGCAAAAGGAGGGAGAGAGAGAUGGAAAUGACUGAGGCCGCUGGCCUUGCCGCCAGGAAAGUGGACUAAUGAGAAACACACUCUUGCAGGCACAGUAUUCACACGUGAAUUUAAUUACCCCGUUUCUAGGACCCGUGGUUUUCUGUUCGGAAUUGGGGUGGGGUUUUUCCCCCUUCCAAUUAACAAAAGGGGCUGCAGUCUUUUCAUUUGGUCUCACUCCCAAAGACUCUAAGGGGUGGGAAAUAACCCUUCCAAUUUGGCCAGGCCAAAGCAUGGGAUUAAAGUCAAUGCCCCCUGCCCCUCCCGUUUUAAUUUCUAGCCCUGGACUUGAGCUGCAGCCUCUUCGCUUUGGGCCUUGUAAAACUCCGUCGUGGAGUUGCUCAGUUCCCUGAAUAGCCAAGGCACGUCCCGAGCUAGCGGUGAUCUGGUGAUCCAGGGAUCCCUGAAGGGCUCACCCUGAGCCCUGGACCGGCAGCUCCAGCGCGGGCUUCCCAGCCGCUGGAACUGCAUGCUCUCUUAGGGGAGAGAUGCCUUUUAGCAACCAGAAUUCGCCUUUCACUGAUGCUGCCUGGCGUUUUCUUUUUCCCAGCCUGGGUUCCAACAGCGCUAGGAGGCUUGCAGACUAAAGCGUUAGGGCCUUCAAGGAUGCGUCAUAGAGCCAGGUCGCUAAGCCGCCUCUGCCCAGGCAUGGUGAAUUCCAGCUAAGUAGGAGCAAAACGGUCCGGGCGAGAUUGUGAGCCCCGACCGAGAGAGCGUGCGGCAUAUCCAGGUCCUCAAGCCCUUCCCGUUGAGGGUAGCUGGCUGCUCCCUCCCUUCUAGGUCCGGAGCUGCCCUCGCUUGAGAAAAAAGGGCGACCUUCAAGGCUGUCUGGGCGCUGGCUCACCAGCAUCGCCGCCUCUGGGCCCACACUAGCGGGACCCCUCGGUGGCCAGUUCCCCUCGCACUCUGCAGGGACGGUGGCUACCCUGUUUGGGACGGAUACUGCGUUGAAUUUGACUUUUCGCGGCCGGAGGAGGGGGGAAACGGUGCAUCUCCGGAGGACCACAGGGAUUAUUUACAGGGAGUUCGCCGACCAAACACAACAGUCUAAUUUAACCUUUCCAAGUCCUCGUAAAUUUUUACAGCUGGGAGCCACGGCAGAGGCAAACGAAUCUGUUGGUCGUUCCCGACUUCCCACCAGCCUCUGUGUGGCUUCUGAAACAAUAACUCCUUAUGAAAUAUCAUAAAUAUAGAUUUAAAUACAGUAGAGCGAGAAUGCGAUUUGGCUGCUUUUUUAUGGCUUCAAUUAUUGUCUAAUUUUAUGUGAGGGGCUCUGCUGGCCGCACUCACACGCGGGACCCGCGCCUUCCUGAUGGCGUGAUUAAUUGUGAUAUAAAAUAGUCCGCUUAAGAAGUGUGUCUGGUGGGGGGUGGGGGCAGGGAGCGUCCAGAGGCAAAGCCAAAUUUGAUCUUUUAAUCUUCGUUGGCCACAAUUAAAACAAACCCGAUCGUGGAACGGCGCGAUCCCUUUGCAUAAAAACAUAUGGCUUUUGCUAUAAAAAUUAUGACUGCAAAACACCGGGCCAUUAAUAGCGUGCGGAGUGAUUUACGCGUUAUUGUUCUGCCGGGCGGGCACGUGACGCGCGCGGCCAAUGGGGGCGCGGGCGCCGGCAACUUAUUAGGUGACUGUACUUCCCCCCCCCUUGGUGGCACCAAGUUGUUACAUGAAAUCUGCAGUUUCAUAAUUUCCGCGGGUCGGGCCGGGCCGGCCAGGCGCGGGGCACGGCAAUGGCCACCACCGGGACCUUGGGCAACUACUAUGUGGACUCGUUCCUGCUGGGCGCGGACGCCGCCGACGAGCUGAGCGCCGGCCGCUACGCUCCAGGGGCCCUGGGCCAGCCUCCGCGGCAGGCGGCGGCGCUGGCCGAGCACCCCGACUUCAGCCCGUGCAGCUUCCAGUCCAAGGCGGCGGUGUUCGGCGCCUCCUGGAACCCGGUGCACGCGGCGGGCGCCAACGCCGUGCCCGCCGCCGUGUAUCACCACCACCACCACCACCCCUACGUGCACCCCCAGGCGCCCGUGGCCGCGGCGGCGCCGGACGGCAGGUACAUGCGCUCCUGGCUGGAGCCCGCGCCCGGGGCGCUCUCCUUCGCGGGCUUGCCCUCCAGCCGGCCUUAUGGCAUUAAACCUGAACCGCUGUCGGCCAGAAGGGGUGACUGUCCCACGCUUGACACUCACACUUUGUCCCUGACUGACUAUGCUUGUGGUUCUCCUCCAGUUGAUAGAGAAAAACAACCCAACGAAGGCGCCUUUUCCGAAAACAAUGCUGAGAAUGAGAGCGGCGGAGACAAGCCCCCCAUCGAUCCCAAUAACCCAGCGGCCAACUGGCUCCACGCGCGCUCCACACGGAAGAAGCGCUGCCCCUAUACCAAACACCAGACGCUGGAACUGGAGAAAGAGUUUCUGUUCAACAUGUACCUCACCAGGGACCGCAGGUACGAGGUGGCACGGCUGCUCAACCUCACCGAGAGGCAGGUCAAGAUCUGGUUCCAGAACCGCAGGAUGAAAAUGAAGAAAAUCAACAAGGACAGAGCAAAAGACGAGUGAUGCCCUUUGGGUUCACUUAUAAAAAGAGAGCAAGCUAGGGAGAAAGAGAAAGGACUGCCUGUCUCCUUCUUUCUCUCACCACACCCCACCUCCACCACCCCACACAAAGCAGCUCUAAACCCCAGGCCUCAUCUCCCCCCUGGCAAACCCUGCUCAGGCUGUGGCUUCUAGGUCUGGCACUUUGAUGGAGGAGGUAUUGUAAGCUUUCCAUUUUCUAUAAUUAUGGGGGGGGCAUUAGCGCUGAUGGCUGUGUGUGCUAGCUUGUAUAUAUUUUUUAAAAAAAAUCUACCUGUUCCCGAUUUAAAAGAAAAAAAAACUACCUUUUUAUAAUGCACAACUGUUGAUGGCGGGCUGUAUAGUUUUUAGUCUGUGUAGUUAAUUUAAUUUGCUCUUUGUGCGGCAGGGCGAUCUGCUGAGAUACUUGAACACUGUGUUUUAUUGUGGUAAUUAUGUUUUGUGACUCAAACUUCUGUGCUGGGUGACGCACCCGUUGUGAUUGUGAAAGCUAGAAUUCAAUUUGAACUCAGGUUGUUUAUGAGGGAAAAACAGUUGCAUAGAGUAUAGCUCUGUAGUGGGAUAUGUCUUCUGUAUAACUAGGCUGUUAACCUAUGAUUGUAAACUAGCUGUAAGGAUUUCUCAGUGAAAUAAAUUUUUUAAAAGGGAGGAGAGUUCUCCCGAAUGCAUAGGUUCAUGAUUUCUCCACUUUUGAAAUGCAGGCAUUUUAGUCUUUGUGCUCUAUAGUCCUUUCUUGCCCAUUGUGUAUAUAAUCUAUAUAUUGAAGAAAAAAAGCUCAUAAUCAGACAAGCUUGAAUAUUGUUUUUGCACCAGAGAAACCGUGAGGAAAUUCGGAGCUAUACAUAUGUGCAGAAGGUUACUACCUAUGGUUUAUGCUUAAUUUUAAUUGGGGGAAAUGAACGCUUAUUGUAAUGGAGUCAAUUUUAUUGUCAAUAAAUGAUACACCAUGAAACUGCCAUUGGGCUACUGUAGAUUUGUAUUCUUGAAUCUCGGGUUUCCAUCCGGCUGAACGUACACUGUAUAUUUUGCAAUAGUUACCUCAAGGCCUACUGACCAAAUUGUUGUGUUGAGAUAUUUAACUUUUUGCCAAAUAAAAUAUAUUGAUUCUUUUCUAUUUU